GCCGGCCUUGUCCGUCUUCAGUAGAGGAAAUUGACGCUUGAAGGCGUCACUUCCGCUAUCUAAUCAGGUUGUACGCGCGUUCCUGGAAUUUGUUUUCCUGCUGAAGUGAAAAGCCGGGGCCUCGUGGUAAAAACCGGGGAGGAGAGAAGAGGGAACGGACGUUAGACGGCAACGCUAAAGAACGGACACUUGCACAGGAUGAGGCGCAGUAAAGCGGAAAUCCAGAGAUACGUAGAAAAUGCGCAGAACAGCGCGUCAUCACCCAGAGAGAAAUCCAUGAAAGGAUUCCUUUUUGCUAGACUCUACUAUGAGGCUAAAGAAUAUGAACUUGCUAAAAGAUCUGUAUCUUCGUACAUAAGUGUACAGGAAAGGGACCCAAAAGCACACAGGUUCCUUGGACAACUGUUUGAGAUCGAAGGGAAUGUGGAAAAAGCUGUUGGCUGCUACAAGCGUUCAUUGGAGUUAAACCCCACUCAAAAGGAUCUUACUCUUCGAAUUGCUGAGUUGAUAUGUACUCUAAAUAUCAAAGAUGGCAGAGCAGAGUACUGGGUGGAGAGAGCAUCCAAACUCUUCCCAGGAAGUCCUGAAAUUUACAGACUCAAAGAACAACUGCUUUCCUCACAAGGUGAAGCUGGGUGGAAUCAGCUCUUUGAUUUAAUACAGGCUGAACUUUUUGCAAGACCCAAUGACGUGUAUGUAAAUCUCAAGCUUGUAGAUUUGUUUCUGUCCAACCAACGACUGGAGGAAGCAGUUUUGCAUUGCCUUAAGCCUGAGAGAAGAGCUUUGAGGACUGAUAUAGAAUGGUGCUCCUGUGUUGUCCGAGUAUUUAAGGAAUAUCUGGCUUCAAAGCAAGGACAAAAAAAUACCAAUAUGAGGAUGAUAACAAAGGAACUGUUGCUUGCACAAUGUGAUGUUGUCUUUUUGACACUUUCUAAAAAAGAUGUUCAGAAGAGCAAGGAAGCCCUUGAAAGAUUUGACCAGGCCCUCUUGUCGGUAAAACAGUCUGUGAGUGGUACAGAUGCUUCUGAUCUGUCUGUAACGUUUUAUGAAAUGAGAGGUCACUACUACAUGCAUGCUGGGACUCUGCUACUGAAAAUGGCUCAGAGCUGUGAAGUUCAAUGGAAGGCUUUAAUUGAACCUGCUGCACUCUGUUAUCUUCUGGCUUAUCAGGUUCCAAAGCCAAAAAGUAAGCCAGUAAAGGGGGAUGACAACGGACAAGGUUUUCUAGAAGAAUUAGCGUUUGACCGGCAAAGUAAAUCUGGUCACUUAUUGCUAACUUUGAGCCAUGGAAAACAGAACUUCAUUAGUGAGAUUAUAGAAACGUUUGCAAACCAAUGUGGGCAGUCUAUUUUGCUGAAGUUUCUGUUUGAGGACAAUUUAUCAAUGCAAGAUUCUUUCAUGGGUAGUGAUGAUAUAAGCUAUGUCGAGAAUCGGGUGCCAGACUUAAGUGAGCUUUCCCAGCAUGACAAUGGUUCUCUUCGAAUACACAAUGGGGACCUUCAGCACCUGACCUGGCUUGGGUUACAGUGGCACUUUCUAUCAACUUUACCUCCCCUUCGCAAGUGGCUUAAACAGAUUUUUCCUCGGGUGCCUCAGGAAACUUCAAGACUUGAGUCCAAUAUUCCAGAGUCUAUCUGUCUUCUGGAUCUUGAAGUAUUUUUGCUGGCAGUUGUGCAAACUAGUUACCUUCAGUUGCAAGAUAACAACACAACAGCUGAUCCAAACAGACCUCGAUGUCUUCCUCUUCCAAUCUGCAAACAGCUCUUUACAGAUAGGCAGCGGUCCUGGUGGGAUGCUGUUUACAGUCUUAUUACAAAAAAAGCUUUACCUGGCACCUCGGCAAAGCUGCGUUCUGUGAUUCAGCAUGAUCUUACUACUCUAAGAGCUCAGGAGAAGCAUGGCCUGCAACCUGCUGUUCUUGUUAAUUGGGCAAGGGGUCUUCACAAAACGGGUUACAGUCUGAAUUCCUUCUACGACCAGAAGGAGUACAUGGGACGCUGUGUCCACUACUGGAAGAAGCUGUUACCACUUCUAGAUUUGGUCAAACAGAAAAAGAGCAUUCCUGAGCCUGUUGAUCCUUUGUUUAAGCACUUUCAUAAUAAAGAUAUUAAGGUUUCUGAAGUAAAAGACUUGGAAGACGAAGCAUGCAUUGCUUUUGCAACAUUGGAUUUAGUUGAUGGAAAAACAGAGGAUGCAAUAAUUGCCUUUGAGUCUGUUAAGAACGUCGUUGCCUAUUGGAACCUUGCUUUGAUAUACCAGCGUAAGGCAGAAGAAAUUGAGAACGAUUGUUUGCCAGCAGAAGAACAGGAAGAGUUCCAGGAAUGCCUGCUUAAGUGCAAAGGCUUUUUGAAAAUGAUUUGUGAUGAAUAUUCGGCUUAUCCCUCCAUUGCAACAUCGUUGCCUGUUCCUGUUGAGACUGUGUUUGAGAUGCUGGAUUCAGUGAAGCAGAGUCUUGGAGAAGCGAUGGAUGAUCAUAGCCCAGCAUUCAUGGAAAAUCAUUCAGUUUUGACAACUUCAGCAAUAAAACAUUCCACGCCAUCACCCACCAAACUGACCAUAUCGCCAAGCAAAUCAGCUCGGUUUUCUCCCAAAACACCACCACGUUGGGCAGAGGAUCAAAAGUCCCUGCUUGAAGUGCUCUGUAAUAAAGUGGAAGCAUUGAAGAAAGAAGUUCAGGAGCUAAAACACAACAAUUCAAAUGCAAACGUGUCCCCUCAUAGAUGGCCUAAUGAAGGGUUUGAGUCUGAUACUGUUGCUGAUAGCUACCAAGGAACUCAAAAUUUCUAUACAGUUCCCCUAACAGUUUCCACUUCAGGACCUGCUGCUUACUAUGGUCAGUCACCAGCAUAUAAUUCUCAGCAUCUUCUCAGGCCAGCAGCUAAUAUUACUCCAACAAAGACAUCUGUGUAUGCAAUGAACAGGCUGCCCCCACAACAACAUAUGUAUACCUAUCCACAACAGAUGCAUACACCACCAACUCAGCAGAGUUCAGCAGGAUGCGUUUUUCCACAAGAAAUUUAUGGUCCACCACUACGAUUUGAGUCUCCUGCGGCAGCUAUUUUGUCACCACAUAAUGAAGAAUUUUACAAUUACAAUGUUCCACCAGCCAGCACAAAUCCACCCCUGCCAGAACCUGGUUAUUUUACUAAGCCUUCCACAGCAAUGCAGCACUCCAAACAAGAAGUUCCAAAAGUGUCUGAUUUUGGAAAAGGUUGCUUAGGACAGUCAACAUCUGAAGGUCAAAAACCAUCUCCAUUUACUGUACCAAUGCAGUCUACUCCAGCAUCAUCAACUUUCAAGUUUAACUCCAACUUUAAAUCCAACGAUGGGGAUUUUACAUUUUCAUCUAGUCAUGCAGGAGCAAGUAGUGCUUAUACUGGCAGUGAGAGCCUUUUAGGGCUUCUCACAUCGGAUAGACCAACCCAAGAGCAAGGUAAAAAAUCUGAUUUUGAGAACAUUGCCAGUGAUGAAAAAAACAUGUUCAGAUUUGGGGAAAAAAGCUUUUCACCAGGUUUCACUGUAACUGGAACACAAAGCCAAGAUAAGAAUCCUUUAGUCUUUGGCCAAAGUGAAAAUAUUUUUACCUUUAAGACUCCUGGAAAAUCUACAUUUAAGCCCCCAACAUUUGGUACCCAAACUAAAGAUGCACAUAACCACAGUGUGGAAUCAGAUGCAGGAAGUGAACAUGUUGCUGAUGAUGAUGGGCCACACUUUGAGCCUAUUAUACCUCUCCCUGAAAAAGUUGAAGUUAAAACAGGAGAAGAGGAUGAAGAAGAAAUGUUUUGCAAUAGAGCAAAACUAUUUCGAUUUGAUGCAGAAACUAAAGAAUGGAAGGAAAGGGGUAUUGGAAAUGUGAAGAUUUUAAGACACAGGUUGUCUGGCAAGAUUCGCCUGCUAAUGAGACGUGAACAGGUGCUAAAGAUUUGUGCAAAUCACUACAUAAAUGCAGAUAUGAAACUGAAGCCGAAUGCCACAUCAGAUAAGUCUUAUGUGUGGCAUGCUUAUGACUAUGCAGAUGAAAUGCCCAAACCAGAGCAGCUUGCUAUUCGAUUUAAAACUGUAGAUGAGGCUGCUCAUUUCAAGGCAAAAUUUGAGGAAGCGCAAAGGCUACUGGCUAUGGCAGAAGCCCCUGCUAUUUCAGCUCAACAUAAAAAUGCAAAAGACAACCUAAAGUUAGAUGCUAGCAAGGUAAAAGAAGCACCCCUUCCUUUUGGAUCACAAUUCAUUUUGAAAAGAGGAGAAUGGCAAUGUGAUUGCUGCCUUGCUACAAAUGCACCAACUUCCACUUCAUGUGUGUGCUGUCAAACGCCAAACAAAAACAAAAGCAGCUCAAUAAGUUCUGUAUGCAUUUCUGCACCAUCGUUUACAUUUGUUAAAGAAAGUGCAACUAACAAGCUUGCAUUUGGUCAGCAGCUUUUGAAAGAUAAAGAUCAAUGGACAUGUAGUAAGUGUUCUCAGAAAAAUGAUGCAGGAGUCAGCCACUGUUCCUCCUGCCAAACCCAAAGUCAAGCGAAGGCUGGCAUUUCUCAACCUAACAUAGCCAGUUCUGGUUUUACAAAUAAUACAUCUGCUCAGGGUGAUAACUUGGCAGCCGUAUUUGGAAAGAAAGCAGGUCAGUGGGAUUGCGAUGUGUGUUAUGUUAGAAAUGAACCUUCAGCAAAUAAAUGUAUUUCUUGUCAAAAUACAAAGCCAUUGAGUAAAGUUAGUGGAACCCAAGCAGCAUCAUUUUCAUUUGCUGCUGGUGCUGAUAAUUCACAAAAGAAUUUUGGUGCCCAGUUUGCAAAGAAGGAAGGACAGUGGGAUUGCGAUGCAUGUUAUGUUAGAAAUGAACCUUUAGCAACUAAAUGUAUUUCUUGUCAAAAUACAAAGCUAUUGAGUAAAACUACUGGUACCCAAGCAGCAUCAUUUUCAUUUGCUGCUGCUGCUGAUAAUUCACAAAAGAAUUUUGGUGGCCAGUUUGCAAAGAAGGAAGGACAGUGGGAUUGCAGUUCAUGUCUUGUCAGAAAUGAAGCAUCUGCUCCAAACUGUGUAGCUUGCCAUAGUGCCAAUCCACAGAUAACAAAUAAAGAUGUGGUGCCACCUGCCCUGACACCAUCUGGGUUUAAAUUUGGGCAUAAUGCAGAGGUUGGUAAAACACAACAAAGUCUAUCAGCUAUGUUUUCAUGCAAACAGGGUCAGUGGGAAUGCAGUACAUGCUUAGUUAUAAAUGAUGCUGCAAAAGACACUUGUGCUGCUUGCCAGGCUGCUAAACCUGGCUCAUCUGCCAGUCAAAGCAAAGAGGUUCCUUCUACCUUUGGUAUUAAAGCAAAUUCAUCGCAGAAUUUUGGCCAACCUGCUGCAGGAUUUAAUUGUGGUUUCUCCGCAAAAGGGUUCAAAUUUGGUAUUAGUGAUGAAAAGGCAUCAGCAUCAAAUUUUACAUUUAAAGCCCCUGCUACCAAUGAAGAAACAAAGAUGGUAAAAGAUGGCUUCAACUUUCCAGUGUCUGCCGGUUCCCUUUCUUUUAAAUUUGGCAUUUCUGAGCCUGAUAAGACAAAGGAAAUGUCUACUGGUUUCAUGAAGGGUACUUCCACAAAUAAUAAAGGUUCUGAAACAGCUGAGACUACUGCACAAGCUGAAAAAAUACAACAAAGCCCUGAUAAAGUUCUCGGGCAGUCUGUACAGAGCUUUUCUUUUGCUGAUAUCGCAAAAAGUACUGAAGGAAUUGAAUUUGGGAAAGCAGACCCCAAUUUUAAAGGCUUUUCUGGUGCAGGGCAAAAAUUAUUUACCUCCAGCAAUCAAGUAAAUGCAUCUAAUGCACAGGAGGCUGCAGAUGAUCUUUACAAAACUGAGGAACGUGAUGACAUCCAUUUUGAACCAAUAGUCCAACUUCCUGAUAAAGUGGAUCUUAUAACAGGGGAAGAAGAUGAGAAAACUCUUUAUUCUCAAAGGGUAAAACUGUACAGGUUUGAUGCAACAAGCGGACAGUGGAAAGAACGUGGAGUAGGAAACUUAAAGAUUCUUAAAAAUGAAGUCAAUGGAAAACUGAGAGUGCUCAUGCGGCGGGAGCAAGUUCUUAAAGUGUGUGCAAACCACUGGAUAACGACUACAAUGAAUCUGAAACCCUUAACUGGCUCUGAUCGUGCCUGGAUGUGGCUAGCUAAUGAUUUUUCUGAAGGAGAUGCAAAGUUAGAGCAGUUAGCUGUAAAGUUUAAAACACCUGAGCAGGCUGAAGAGUUUAAAAUUAAGUUUGAUCAGUGUCAGUGCCUCUUAUUAGAUAUUCCUCUGCAGACUCCGCAUAAGCUUGUAGACACUGGAAGGACAGCUCAUUUGAUACAAAAAGCUGAGGAAAUGAAAACUGGCCUAAAAGAUCUGAAAACAUUUUUAACAGAUAAAGCCAAACCUUUGGAUGACUCAAAUGCGAUUAACACCACUGACCUAGAGAAACAGGCACUUGCAGAUGGCACUGAACCAACGUAUGAGUGGGACACAUACGAUAUGAGAGGAGAUGCACAUGAAGAGACUUUAGAUGACUCUGUAUAUGCCUCUCCACUAGCAAGUAGCCCAGAGAAGAAAAAUCUGUUUAGGUUUGGUGACCUAUCAACAUCCGGUUUUAAUUUUAGCUUCCAACCAGAACCAAGUCCAUCAAAGUCUCCAACAAAAUUAAAUCAUAGCAGGGUGUCUGUGGGUACAGAUGAGGAAUCUGAUGUUACCCAGGAAGAAGAGCGAGAUGGCCAGUACUUUGAACCUGUUGUUCCUUUACCGGAUUUGGUUGAAGUAACAAGCGGGGAAGAAAAUGAGCAGGCAAUCUUCUGCCAUAGAGCAAAACUUUACAGGUUUGAUAAAGACUCAAAUCAGUGGAAGGAAAGAGGGAUUGGGGAUUUAAAGAUUUUACAGAGAUUGGAUAAUAAAUCUGCCCGAGUGGUGAUGAGAAGAGAUCAGGUACUGAAACUCUGUGCCAAUCAUCGCAUAACAACUGAUAUAAACCUACAGCCAAUGAAGGGGGCUGAAAGAGCCUGGGUAUGGACUGCGCAUGACUUUUCUGAAGGAGAAGGAAAAGUAGAAUGUUUUGCUGUACGGUUUAAGCUACAGGAGGCUGCUGACUUGUUCAAAGAGGUGUUCGAAGAGGCUAAAGAGGCACAAGCGAAAGACUGUUUGCUCACUCCAGUUUCUUCUCGUGGUACAACACCAAGAGCUGCUUCAUGUGGUAAAGCUGCCAUAGCAAUACUAGAGGAGACUACAAAAGAGAGAACAGAUCAGCAGCCUGAGGAAGACACAUCCCUCACAGAAGCUAGCACACCAUCUCCUACAGAUCAGCCUGCAAAGGCCCUGGUUUCUCCUGCAAACUUUACGUUUGGAUCCGAUGUUGUAAAGAAUAUCUUUGGUAGUGAGAAGCAGGUGCCUUUUGCAUUUGGCAACACAUCAUCCACAGGGUCUCUGUUUGGCUUCAGCUUCAACGCUUCUCAAAGCCAGGGUCAACAAGUGCAGAAGCAGCCUCCCAAAGUUACGCUGGAUUUUAAUGCUACAUUUAAGGAUGCAGAGACAACAAAUGCUCUCCAGAAGCCUUCUCAAAGCAGUGGCCAGAGUCCUAUAGUUUCUUCUCUGUCAUCAUCAUCAUCCUCCUCAUCAUCAACCCUUAUGCAGCCCAUGCCAGCCAGAGGAUUUAAUUUUAGUCUUUUUAAAUCUAAUCCUCGUGCCUUUUGGACGUGUACUUCUUCCUCAAAACCUGAAGUGGAAGAUAAAGCUGCUGAUGUCCCUGAUGCAGAUAGCUCUUCUGAUGUACUCAUUGUAUAUGUGGCGACCCCUACCCCUGAGCAGAAAGCCUUAGCAGAAACACUGCUUUUGCCCUUAACAUUUUUCUGCUACAAAAACAAGCCUGGAUAUGUCAGUGAUGAGAGCGACAUUGAUGAUGAGGACUUUGAGACUGCUGUAAAAAAUCUGAAUGGUAUUUUGUAUACAGAAGAUAAGAAAGAUAAGGCAUCAUCAAGACUUUCAGGUUGUAGCAAGGAACCUACAGCUGAAUCUGAUCAGGAUUGUAUAAUCGUUUGGGAAAAGAAGCCCACUCCUGAAGAAAAAGCCAAAGCAGACAGUCUGAAGCUCCCACCAACGUUUUUCUGUGGUUUGGGUAGCGACACAGAUGAAGACAAGGAUAAUCUAGAAGACUUUGAUACAGAAGUUAGAAAAGUUAAGGAGGCUAAAGGAGUUCCAGAAGCAGAUGUAACUAGUUCCCCUGAAGCUGCCAUAGUAAGUGCAGCUGAAACCAGUGUGUCUCUGCCCCCAAAACAAGAACCUGAUUCCACCACAAGCAUUUCCCAGGAACCUGUAGACUUGUCCUCUAAACAGGAGCUCCCCAAAACAGACUCAAAAGGGUUUUCUACUCCUAGUUUCUCUUUUGGGCUGGGUGAAGUUUCUGGAGUUUCUUUUGCAGAUUUAGCAUCUACGAAUUCUGGUGAUUUUGCCUUUGGUUCUAAAGAUACCAACUUCCAGUGGGCCAAUACCGGGGCAGCCGUUUUUGGUACUCUGUCCCAGAACAAAAAGGGUGAGGAUGCGGAUGGUAGCGAUGAAGAAGUGGUGCACAGUGAUGAUGUACACUUUGAGCCCAUUGUGUCUUUACCAGAGGUGGAGGUAAAAUCAGGGGAAGAAGAUGAAGAGAUCCUUUUCAAGGAGAGAGCAAAGUUGUACCGCUGGGAUAGAGCUGUGGGCCAGUGGAAAGAGAGAGGAGUUGGUGACAUAAAAAUCCUUUUUCACAAAGAGAAGGGAUAUUAUCGUGUUCUGAUGCGUCGAGACCAAGUACUGAAAGUGUGUGCUAAUCACGUCAUUUCAACUGAAAUUAAGAUUAGCACCUUAAGUACAUCAAACAACUCACUGGUAUGGACAGCAACGGACUAUUCAGAUGGUGAAGGUAAAGUGGAACAACUGGCAGUCAGAUUCAAGACUAAGGAGUUGACCGAUUCUUUCCAGAACAAAUUUGAAGAAUGCCAGCAUAAUUUGCAAGAAGAGUCUAAUCCUCAACAUUAAGGGCUCUCGUUAAAUGACAUCUAUAAUUUGGGACUAAGAGCAUAUCACCAUUUAAUGAUUUUCUCACGUGGGAAUUAAAAAAAAAAAAACUAAAAAAAAAAAAAAACUUAUUGGAUUUGUGGUGGCCUAGUCAUCUAUAUUUAUAGUUUAUAAUAAAUCUCUGCAAUACAAGAUGUGUUACAGUACAUUUACAGUGUGUAGGAAAUCUAGGAAUAUAUUUUAUGGAGUGUUCCUACUGCCUGUAACAACCACAAUUGUAUCAAUGCCAUGUCUUGUAUGGUAGCACUUUAUUGCCACACACUCAUUUUCCACCUGAUCAGGAAGUCUUAAAUUCUCAUUAGUCUUGAUGCAAAGGACUGGGAUCUCAUUAAGUUUUAAUGUAGCAAAACUGCGCUAAAUGGUUUUGCCGUUUUUCUAGUCCUUUGAGGUUUAGUGAAAAUGAUUAUAUUGGCAUACAUGUUAACUGAAUUCUCAAAACCUUGUGCACUUGUAAAACAAAUCAUUUACAUUUUUUUAAAAAAUAAGUGGUGUAAAUAAAGUUCACACUAAAUUGUA